CAGGAGUGUGAUGGAAACUGAAACUUGAUAACUGACGGAGAAGAUGCUACCGGCCAUUUCUCUCUCAACGACCAUAACUGUCAAAACUAACAUAACGGUAAUCUUAAACCCCCCGUCUCGCAAACUUUCAACGCCCCUCAACUUCAAUUCCACUCUCAGAUUUCUCUCCAAGUCUGGCAAUUUAGAUGAGGCGCUUAGCCCGAUCGAGUCCUCGCCGUCGAAGUCCACGGCUUACGAACCAGACGAUGUCGACGCACUUUCCUCCCUUCUUCAUGCCUGCAUCUCCAGAAGGUCCUUCUCACAUGGGCAAAAGCUCUACUUUCACUUCCUUCAAUCACCGGCCAGAUUCAAGCCAGACUUUUUGCGUAACCCCAUUUUGAAAAGCAAGCUCAUCACUCUCUUCUCUGUUUGUGGUCGGAUUGAUGAGGCUCGCCAGAUUUUCAACCACGGUCUUGAAGAUGAAAAGAUGCCAGAGUCAGUGUGGGUGGCUAUGGCGAUUGGGUAUUCCAGAAAUGGGUUUUCUAAUGAAGCUUUGAUGUUAUAUUGUGAAAUGUUAUCAACUCAGUAUGCCCGACCUAACAAUUUCGCGCUUUCCAUGGCUCUUAAGGCCUGUGCAGAUAAGUCUGAUUCGUUGUUGGGUAGAGCAGUUCAUGCUCAAGUCAUUAAGAGUGAUGAAGAAGAAGAUCAAGUGGUGAAUAAUGCACUCCUGAGGUUUUAUGUUGUGUGUGGGUUCUUGGGUGAUGGCCUAAAGGUGUUUGAGGGAAUGCCUCAACGAAAUGUGGUUUCUUGGAACACUUUGGUCGCUGGUGUUGCAGCUCAAGACAAAGUGCCUGAGACAUUUGAUGCUUUUAGAGUAAUGCAAGGAAAGGGUAUCAAGUUCAGUUGGGUUACUAUGACGAUGAUCUUGUCAAUGUGUGCUCGAGUUACUGCACUUCAUAGUGGCAAGGAGAUGCAUGCCCAGAUUUUGAAGUCUAGGAAGAAAGGUUAUGCAAUAAAUGGAUAUAUUGAAGAAGCCAUGGCCUUAUUUGAUGAAUUGGUAAGUUAUGGCAUGUGGCCAGAUGGUAUUACCUUCAUUGCGUUGCUUUCAGGUUGUAGCUAUUCAGGACUUGCUGAUAAAGGGCAAGAAUUGUUCAAUAAGAUGGAGGAUUAUGGGGUGAAACCAUCUUUAGAGCACUAUGCUUGUUUUGUAGACAUAUUAGGCAGGGCAGGAAGAAUUGAAGAAGCAUUAGCUUUGGUGCAAAACAUGCCAAUGAAUCCAAGUGGAAGCAUAUGGGGAUCCUUACUUAACUCAUGCCGUCUUCACGGUAAUGUUCCUCUUGCAGAGGUUGUUGCCGGGAAACUGUUCGAAAUCGAACCUCACAAUCCUGGCAACUAUGUGAUGCUCUCAAACAUCUAUGCAAAAGCAGAAAUGUGGCAUGGUGUGAAGACAGUUAGAGAGAUGAUGGCCAUGAGAGGAAUCAAGAAAGUGGCUGGAUGUAGCUGGACACAAAUAAAGCAUUGAAUUCACACCUUCAUCGCCGGGGGGAGCUCAGAAUUUCGUUCUUCGGCUGAGUAUUCGGAAACCUGGAGUGAGUUGUUUGACGCUAUCAAAGAAGCAGGGUAUAUCCCUGACACUGGUGAUGUUCUUCAUGAUGUGAAUGAAGAGAUGAAGGUGACAUGGGUUUGUGGGCAUAAGAACGCAUAGCAGCAAUAUUCGCGCUUAUUCAUACUGCUGAUGGAAUAUCAGGAUUACAAAGAAUCUUAGGGUUUGUAGGGAUUGUCAUUCAUGGAUGAAAGCUGUUUCAAGAGUUACUGCGAGGAUGAUUGUAUUGAGAGAUACUAAUAGGUUCCAUCAUUUCGCAAACGGUUCUUGUUCUUGCAAGGACUUUUGGUGAAUCAAAGUCCCUACAAUCAUGAUGCAAGAUUAUCAACGACUAAAUCACUUUUUAUAAUUAUGCAAAAUCAUUGAGC